CGGAUUGCAGGAGAGGUGCUCUCACGUGACCCGUGCAGCUGUCGCAGUGUGCUGGCUCCAGCAUGGCUGCUUUAUCCAUGUGCUGGGAGUGAUGGGAGCAGUGACAGGCAGCUGAGCAUUCUGGGAGUGGAAGAAGGACCCUGAAAUGAAGAAUCCUGUUCCUUCCUCGCCCUUGGACACCUGUCCUUUCUGUGGAAAGCCUUUCAAAAGGUUAAAAUCCCACUUACCUCACUGCAAAAUGGCCAAAUCCAAAAAGAACUCGGAAUCUCCUGCUGGUGAUACACAGAUGGUGAGGGACGAUAUACAGAUUUCUAGAAUAAAUCGAAACCUGAGAGAUGGCUCCUUGGUCAGUAUGGGUACGGUUGGGGCGAACAACAAAGGAAAAGUUAAGAUGGCAGCAGUGAGCGACGCAGGACAACAUACAGGCAUGCUUCAGGAAGGCAGUGAACCGAUCACAACUAAAUUAAAAGUCAGCAGAGUUACCACGGAUAGCAAACUGACACAAAGACCAGAAAGACAACAUAAGGACGUAACGAACGUCAGAUCAUGGAAAACACCAGCAAAGAUAGAUUCAGAAUUUGACAACAGUUUGGACAUCCUGUAUCUCCAAGGUGGUUCACCCUCUUCCAAUGUCCAGGAACAUAUUUUGUUUAAGCAUUCAUCAAAUGAUUCAACUCAUCCCAUGUUGUCAGGACUUGACGUGAAGGUUGCUAUACACGAGCAGGUCACAAAGAAUCUGUUUGGGGUGGAGCUCGGGGAACAUUUACCGCAAACUGUCCCAGAGGGCUCGCUUCCUGAAAGUCAAGAUUUAAGUGAUAAGAACACGCCCGUAGGAAGCCAGACACAGAAUGGCCUUUUAGGAACAUGGCAGAACCUGCAUACAGAUCGGAACAGGUUAUUACCGGAACAUGAAGAUCUCACUACAGAGAUUGGAUGGGGAACAGGGGAGGUUCUAGUGCCUGGUAAAACUCUGGUUUGGGAUCAUCUGAAAGGAUCGCUUUGUGGGAAAACCUGUCUUGAGAAUCGAAAUGAGAUUUUGAAGCAGAUUCCAUUGCUCUCCCAUAAUACCAAAUCCUCCCAGAUAGACGCUCCUUAUGGACCUAAGCAGGAGAGACUUAGAACGCAAAUGUUAGGUGACACUUUUGCUGUUCAACUGCAGCCUCCAGCAGAGAGUCACUCUGCCCUGGGAUCCAGUGGUAAAACAAUGGAGAACAUCUGGAAUCUAAAACUCUUCCUGGAUGCAGCUCCUGAAUCCAAACCCGAGACGCUCUCUUCGCAGUCUCUCAGUGGUGUCUCUCCAGAUCGUAGUCUGGGAAUGCAGUGGAUUCCUGAACUUUACCCCAAUUAUAUGCAUCUUCAUGUGGUCCCAGGAAGACAAGAUGAUUGGAACACAGAGAAGACAACAGUAACAUCCAGGAUACCAACAGAAACCCAGCAUGAUGUCUCCUUACUAUCUAAACAUCUGAUGGAUGUUAGACUUGGAGAGCUGUCGUCAUGGAUUGCAAACCAGCAUUUUUCCAUCCAAUCAUUGGCGAGAUCAGCACCGAAUGCUUGGGAUCGAUACUACAACAAGUAUAUUAACGUGAAACGAGGUGGCGUGGGAGGCCUGACCAUGAUGCUGGCCGGAUAUUGUGUCCUCAGCUAUGCCUGGAACUACAAACACAUCCAACAAGAUCGCAGAAGGAGGUUCCACUGACAAUUCUCAUACACGUAGAGCCAACGUAGAUAUUCUGACAUCACCGCAGCAGCAUUCAGUCACAGAUCAGCAUGGCAGGGGGUAAUAGCGUCAUGUACAGGAGGAGACAACGUUAACACUGUGACUCUGUUUACAAUCUUUUUGUAGUUGACAUGCUGUGCUUUUAUAAAAGACCUUCGUAUUUUCGUAAUGUGUGUGAAAUUAACACACUUUAGCCCCAGAAAAAAACAGAUUAUUUUGUAUUA